UGGGUGGGGACACGGCCCCGGUGGGGACACAGCCCGGGAUGCCCCCGCUGGGCUGGGGUCGGCUCCGCACCGCCCCCGUCACCUCCCCCGUUUCGCCUCACAACCUGCAAGAGCAAAUUCUGCCUGGAGCCCGGUGACGUCACGCAAGCUUUACGUGCCGCAAUUGGUGGGGCUGCGGUGGAGGAACCAAUGGGAUCGCGGGGGGUUCCAGGAACGAGGAUGUGCGGAGCGGUGCGGAGCGAUGGGGUCGUGGGGGGCUUUGGAGCUGGGGCUGCUGCUGUGCGCCGUGUGCGGGGCGGCGGGCGAGCUCCAUACCCUGCGGUACUUCCAAACGGCGAUGACGGAUCCCGGCCCCGAACUGCCCUGGUUCUUUGAAGUGGGGUACGUGGACGGCGAAAUCUUCAUGCACUACAAUAGCACCGGCCGGAGGUAUGUGCCCCGCACCGAGUGGAUAAAGGCACCUGGAGCUGUGGAUCCUUAGUACUGGGAGAGGAACACCCGGAUCGCACAGAGCAAUGAGCAGAUUCACCGCGCUACAACCAGACCAGCG